CCGGACCAGGGCUCGAACCUGUGUCCCCUGCAUUGGCAGAUGGAUUCUCAACCACUGUGCCACCAGGGAAGCCCAGAUGAUAAGUUCUUGACAUGGCAGUAUGGAUGGAGGGAGAGCAGGGGUCCUGGUUGCUGAGACCUUGUCCCACGUUCUAACCAGAAGGCCUCUCAGAAGAUCUUAUUUAUGAACACCCUCAGCUGCCUUCCUCCCCUCCCACCUCCACAUCCUGAUUCCAGGGGUGUGCUCAUAGAGGCAAUGAAUGCAGGAAGGCAAGGAACGGGGGAGCCCUAGACCCAGAGUUCCCUUUUCCCUUGUGGUCCAGGGGUCAGACCAGAGUCCUGUCCAAAGAGGCUACUGCUCAGGAGGUAAAGGGACUUGGGUGGUCUUACUAAGAAGUGGGGUUACUUAACCUGAAGGAAGGAAUUCGUGGAGGUUUCAGAGCUAGAUCCGAGCUAGUGGGGGGAAGAGGACAUGGCUACCCCCAGGGAGAAGGGGGGCCCUGGGGUUCCAGGAGUAGGGAGACACAUUUUGAUUCAGGGAUCAUUGGAGAACUCACCUGUCUCUGGUGUCACUCACUAAGUGCUAUGAAGGCAUCAUCUAAUUAAUUCUCAUCACAAUAGGUAAGUACUAUUUGACUUCCAUUUUACAAGAGAAGACACUGGGAUUUAGAGAGGUAUUAAGACACAGAAUUGAGGGGAAUUCCCUGGCGGUCCAGUGGUUAGGACUCAGCACUUUCACUGCUGGGGCCCGGGUUCGAUCCCUUGUCGGGGAACUAAGAUCCCGCAAGCCGCACAAAGAAGACACAGAAUUGAGAUUUGAACCCAGGCUGUCUGACACUAGACCCAGCACUCCUAACCAUGAGAGUAAGAGCUUUUGACACAGAACUGUCCAGGAAGGGAACGGGUUGCUUACGAGGCCACAGGUUCCAGGGCAGAGGAAUUCAAGGAGAGAGUCUGAGAACUUGGGGGUAGCAGGGGCUGGACCAGAUGCCCCCAUUCUCUACAUUCUGGGAGUCUACAUCUGAGACCUAGGUUCUGCCCCCAUGCUUUUACUAGACGUUGACCCAAAUCCUAUAUCCAGAGCUGGUCAGCGUGCCCGCAGGGAAAAGCCCGUGUCCACACUGCUGGGUCUUCACUACCCUGGAGGUUUAGGCUCAAAGGCCCCAGGAUGCUGGCCUUUGUGCUACUCCUCUGGACUGGAGCCCUCCUCGGGUACGGCAGCUGCCAGAACACGGGCCUGGAGGAGGGCUCCCUGGCCCCCGAGACCACAGGGCUGCCAGUGGAGGAGGAGGAUCCCUUCUUCAAGGUCCCUGUGAACAAGCUGGCGGCCGCCGUCUCCAACUUUGGCUACGACUUGUACCGCGUGAGAUCCAGGGAGAGCCCCGCUGCUAACGUGCUCCUGUCUCCGCUCAGCGUGGCCACGGCGCUCUCUGCCCUUUCGUUGGGAGCGGAGCAGCGGACAGAAUCCAGCAUUCACCGGGCUCUCUACUAUGACCUGAUCAGCAAGCCAGACAUUCACGAUACCUACAAGGAACUCCUUGCCUCCGUCACCACCCCAGAGAAGAACCUCAAGAGUGCUUCACGUAUCGUCUUUGAGAGGAAGCUGCGGAUAAAAGCCAGCUUUGUCGCACCCCUGGAAAAGUUGUAUGGGACCAGGCCCAGGAUCUUGACUGGCAACGCUCACCUGGACCUUCAGGAGAUUAACAACUGGGUGCAGGCCCGGAUGAAAGGGAAAAUCGCUAGGUCCACGAGGGAGAUGCCCAGUGGAAUCAGCAUUCUCCUUCUUUGUGUGGCUUACUUCAAGGGGCAGUGGGUAACGAAGUUUGACUACAGAAAGACUUCCCUAGAUGAUUUCCACUUGGAUGAGGAGAGGACCGUGAAAGUCCCCACGAUGUCAGACCCUAAGGCCAUCUUACGCUACGGCUUGGAUUCUGAUCUCAACUGCAAGAUUGCCCAGCUGCCCUUGACCGGCAGCAUGAGUAUCAUCUUCUUCCUGCCUCUGAAAGUGACCCAGAACCUGACCAUUAUCGAAGAGAGCCUCACCUCUGAGUUCAUUCAUGACAUAGACCGAGAACUGAAGACUGUUCAAGCGGUCCUGACCAUCCCCAAGCUGAAGCUGAGUUACGAAGGCGAACUCACCAAGUCCGUGCAGGAGAUGAAAUUGCAGUCCUUGUUUGAUUCACCAGACUUUAGCAAGAUCACGGGCAAACCUAUCAAAGUUACUCAAGUGGAACAUCGCACUGGCUUUGAGUGGAAUGAAGAUGGGGCGGGUACCACCCCCAGCCCAGGGCUCCAGCCUGCCCACCUCACCUUCUCUCUGGACUAUCACCUUAACCAACCUUUCAUCUUUGUACUGAGGGACACAGACACAGGGGCCCUUCUCUUCAUAGGCAAAAUUCUGGACCCCAGGGGCACUUAAUUCUCCAAUUUAGUGUUCAAAUACCCCAGAAGAAAACGCUAGAGGGAUGGCAGCUUAUAUAUUCCAUGAAGGCUGCCCCUAUGUUUCAAUGUAUACUUUGCAAUAAAAGUGCUUUAUCCUUAA